UUUUCAUACAAUAUUUCUUAAAUAAUUUUCAUAUAAAGUCAUCAUGCGCAAGGCGCGGAUCUUAUCCUAGUAGGAUAUUAUUCAUUAGCUAAAUCUCAAAAAUGUAAUAUAGGGUGUGAUUGGUAGUGGCUGUAGGUGCUGGUCCACAUCCCCAUUUAUUUCUACAGCACUAAAUUCACAUCAAUCAAGCUUUAAUAAAAACUAGAGUUUGACCCGCACAUCCGUGCGGGUUUGAUUUUUACAUUUUUGUAAAUUGUUUAGUGAUAUUCUUAAAACAUAUAAGUUAUUUAGAUAUUUUUAGGUUCCUACAAACUUAUCCGGAUCCGGAAGAAUCCAACUUGAACCCUGUUCGAAAAUUUUUAAUACCCAAACAUAGUUUAACUUUAAAUCCAAAAACUCGAUAUCCAUAAAUACUGAUAUGUAUCUGAACGAAUACAUGAAUGUCCAUGUCUAAAUGAUUUAGUAAACAAAUAAAAAUAAAUUUGUUAACCGGUUUGACUUCUUGUCACUAAUGGAGUAAUUUCAUUUAAACACGUGAAUUAUUAUGGUUAAUACGUAAAAUAAAUGACAUUGAAUUAUAAUGGUAAAUAAAAUUAAUGAAGUAAUUUUGAAAAGUAAAAAAAAAAAUGUAAAAACGUGAUAAGAUCUCGUGCUUAUUCCGUAAAUGUUUAUAUAAGAUUUUAUGCUUGUUCUUUUAUUAUAGGCGUAAAUCAAAGAUUUUGUGCUUGUUUUAAUAUUCUGGAUUCUAAAUUGAUGUAGUUCCUUUAUUAUGGUCGUGGAAAUCACAUUUAGGAAAACAAUGUAGUUCGCUUGAGUUAUAUAUUAAUAAUUUGUUUCCUGGUUUGCAAUUCGUUUGAGUUAUUUUAGGAAAACAAUGAAUAUGUGGAAAAGACAAUCAUUUUUAAUGUGAGACUAAUUUAAUUCUCAAUGGCAUUUGGCCGUAAAUAUUGUGUAACUUUUAGGGUUAUUCUAUAAGUGUACUCUUGUUUUAAUAAAGUAGAUUUCAAAAUCAUAACUCUUGAAAUAACUUACAACUGUACAAGUACUCUACAGAGCCAAAAAUUCAGAGCAGUUUUUUAAAGUUUUUCUUAAAAUUCUAAAGUAAUAAAAUCUAAAACCACAUCAAAAAGUUUACAGAUUUUUUUCUACCGCAAAUCUUUUAAACCUGCAGCUAUUACCAAUGAGAUCCAUAUUAGUGUUGAUUUUCUUUUUUUUUUUUUGGGUCGAAAACAUAUUAGUGUUGAUUUUUAGGUACUUCUAUAGUAUAAAGUUUCAGUUACAUACGUGGCGAGCGGCUAUUAGUUGGGACUUAUGAGUUUUCGUUCUUCAGACGUUACUCAAAGCUUUAAAGGUCACCCGUGUACAUAAGUGAUUGGUUAUACUACGUGGAUACGGAAGCCUAUAUUAAAGCGAGAUGACUAGAAGAGAGAGAUUGUCAGCCACCAAAAAAAAGAGAGAGAACUUUGUUGAGCUAAACCCUAGCUCCGAGCCUCUGAGAAGAAAUGGGGAUUUAGUCCCGUAUCUUCUUAGGGUUUUGCACAGUACUCGAUCAUGGAUUAUUCUGAUGAUGAUGGCAUGCUCGAUAAUGAAUCAGGUGACGAUAAUUUAUACAGUGACGAUGCGGCCGACAGCAAUCCUGGUUUUGCCGAGGAAGACAUGGACAAGGAUUCCACAUUUCAGCUAAGUUACGUAGUUCUCAACGAAGAAGACAUUCGCAAGCAUCAAAGGAACGAUAUCGAACAAGUUUCUACUGUUCUCUCUAUAAGCCAAGUCGAAGCGAUCGUUUUGCUUCUUCACUACCAGUGGGGUGCUAGUAGAAUUGAAGAUGAAUGGUUUACCGAUGAAGAAAAAGUCCGUGAAAGCGUAGGUUUAUUGAAGGAGCCAGUUGUUGAUCUUAACGACAAAGUGAACAUUGAAUGUGGGAUUUGCUUUGAUUCAUUUCUUCAGAAGGAUAUUGCAACGGUUUCUUGUGGUCAUCCUUAUUGCAAGACUUGUUGGACUGGUUACAUCACUUCGAAAAUUAACGAUGGCCCGGGAUGUUUGACGGUUCAAUGUCCUGAGCCGUCUUGUUCUGCUGUGGUUGGUCAAGAUAUGAUCAAUAGUGUUGUAACCAAGGAAGAGGAUAAGGAGAAGUAUUACAGAUAUUUUCUUAGGUCUUAUAUCGAAUCGAGCCAGAAGAAGAUAAAAUGGUGCCCGUCGCCUGGAUGCGAAUACGCUGUUGAUUUUGGAGGUGAAAGUGAAAACUAUGAUGUCUCUUGUCUGUGUUCGUAUGAAUUUUGCUGGAACUGCUGUGAAGAUGCUCACCGCCCUGUGGACUGCCACACAGUGGCGAAAUGGAUAUUCAAGAACAAUGAUGAAUCCGAGAACACGACUUGGAUACUUGCCAAUACAAAGCUUUGUCCUAGUUGCAAACGUCAGAUCGAGAAGAACCAAGGAUGCAACCAUAUGAGAUGCUCCAUUUGCAAACAUAGAUUCUGUUGGGCUUGUCUGGAUCCACUGAAUAAUCACAAGUCUUGCCACAACUUUAGGGGUGAGACUGAAGUUAAGCGAGAAAUGGCGAAAAAGGCAAUCGAUAGAUACAUGCAUUAUUACGAAAGAUGGGUGGGCAAUCAAUCUUCGAGGGUAAUGGCUAUGGCAGAUUUGAAGAAAUUGCAAUCGGUGCAGCUUGUGAAACUUAGUGUCAAACAUGGCAUACCGGAAACUCAGCUCCAAUUCACCGUAGAGGCAUGGCUUCAGAUCAUCGAGUGCAGAAGGGUCUUGAAAUGGACAUAUGCAUAUGGGUACUACCUUCCUGAGCAGGAAAGUACCAAGAAACGAUUUUUCGAGUAUUUACAAGGAGAAGCUGAAGUUGGUUUGGAGAGGCUACAUCAUUGUGCAGAGUUGGAGUUCCAAGAGCUCGUCAAGGAAACUGAAGAUUUCUCUAAAAAAUUCGAAGAUUUCAGGAGGAAGUUAAUUGGUUUGACUAAAGUAACCAAAACAUAUUUCGAAAAUCUUGUGAAAGCUUUGGAGAAUGGUCUUGCUGAUGUGGAACCCAAUGAGACCAAAUCGGCAACAGACUCUAAUAAAAGACAAAAGUUGGUAUAAUGGUAUUAAAAAGAUCCAAGUGAUUACUGAGAUCUCUUGGUUCAUGUACUAUCUGUGUUUUAUGUUUUUUUUUUUGUGGCGAGGAUGUAGAAUCUGUGACUUUUUAAACCUUAUUUCCUAAUAAUUAUUUAGCA